UAGUUGCGGAACGUCGCAGGUUGGGCUGCCGGGUAGGAAGCGGAAGGGAGGAACGGACUCUGCCCAUCGGAGGCAACAGGGACCCACGUGACCGAGAGUCUUCUCGCCCUCCCUUCAGUCCAGGUUGUCAUUUGGGCAGAGACUGCUGGAGACCUGUGCUGCCGACACAGAAAUGGCUUCCUUGGGCACCAGCAGCCAGACGGUGACGGAAUAUGUGGUCCGGGUACCCAAAAACACCUCCAAGAAGUAUAAUAUUAUGGCCUUCAAUGCUGCUGACAAAGUCAACUUUUCCACCUGGCACCAGGCCAAGAUGGAGCGAGAUCUAAGCAAUAAGAAGAUCUAUCAAGAGGAAGAGAUGCCAGAGUCGGGAGCAGGCAGCGAGUUCAACCGCAAGCUGCGUGAGGAGGCGCGUCGCAAAAAAUACGGCAUCAUCCUGAAAGAGUUCAAGCCGGAAGACCAGCCCUGGAUUUUGAAAGUCAACGGCAAAGCCGGCCGCAAGUUCAAAGGGGUGAAGAAAGGUGGAGUGACGGAAAACACCUCCUACUACAUCUUCACCCAGUGUGCCGACGGUGCUUUCGAAGCCUUCCCGGUCAACAACUGGUACAACUUCACACCCAUUGCCAAGCACCGCACGCUGACCGCGGAGGAAGCGGAGGAGGAAUGGGAACGACGGAACAAGGUCCUGAACCACUUCAGCAUCAUGCAGCAGCGGCGGCUGAAGGACCAAGGCGAGGAGGAGGAAGAGGAGAAGGAGAAGAAGAGCAAGAAGAAAGGCAGCGAGCUCCGGAUCCACGACCUGGAAGACGACCUUGAGAUGAGCUCGGACGAAAGCGAGCUGAGCGACGCCGAGGGUGAGAAGCCAGCCAAGCCCAAGAAAACGGCCCCACAGAACAAGAAGAAGAAAAAGAAGAAGGACUCAGAUGACGAAGCCUUUGAAGACAGCGACGAUGGGGAUUUUGAAGGCCAGGAAGUGGACUACAUGUCAGACGGGUCUAGCAGCUCCGUGGAGGACGUGAGCAGCAAACCAAAAGUGGCCAAAGAGGAAGACGUGCCAAAAGGUAUAGACGAAGCAAGUGAGAGUAGCGAGGAGAGCGAGGAAGAGAAACCCAUCGAGGAAAAGGAAGAGGAGGAGGAGGAGAAGAAGGUCCCCACUCCGCAGGAUAAGAAGAAAAAGAAAGACUCAAGCGAUGAGUCAGAGACGUCAGAAGACAGCGAUAUCGAGACCGAGGCGUCUUCUGCACUGUUCAUGAUGAAAAAGAAGACUCCUCCAAAGAGGGAACGGAAGGGCUCCGCCAGCAGUUCCCAGGGCAACAGCCGGCCCGGGACGCCCUCCGUGGACAUUGGUAGCACUUCCUCAACCCUGCGGGCAGCAGCCACCAAACUGGAACAAGGCCGGCGGCAAGCAGGAUCCAGCGAGCUCCCUGCAGCCAAGAGGCUGAAGCUGGAUGCUGGGUCCCAGGCUGCCACCACCUCUGGGAAAUCGACCCCCCAGCCUUGGUCCCGGAAGUCAGCCCAGCUUAGCGGGGAUGUGCAGUUGACCGAGGAAGCCGUGCGCCGUUACUUGACCCGGAAGCCCAUGACUACCAAGGACCUGCUGAAGAAGUUCCAGACCAAGAAGACCGGGCUGAGCAGCGAGCAGACCGUCAACGUACUGGCCCAGAUCCUCAAGCGCCUCAACCCCGACCGCAAGAACAUCAACGACAAGAUGCACUUCUUCCUGAAGGAAUGAGGAGGGCGGGCAGAGACGGACUAGUCUUCCACCGCAGUGGGCCCCUCACACCAAAGCAGCAACUGUUGGGGCGGGGGGGGGGGGGCUCUGAACUCAGACUGUGGGGCCUUUCUUUCACCAUUUUGGGACAUGGAGGUCUCCUUAAGAGCAAGAGCCCUGGUUCUUCCUUGAGAUCCAAGUGCCAGGAGGCAGUUGUAGAUAGGCACUGCCUGUUCAGGAGCGUUGACGUCACGAUCGCUUUUGAGCAGUCGGUGUUUCCCCCCCUCUGUAUGGAGAGAUUCCUGAAUGAAAUGCUGCCUUUGUGCAAAAAAAAAAAGUAAUAAACGGGCUUUUCACACUUG